AUGACUGGAGGCAAAUCUGGCGGAAAGGCUAGCGGUAGCAAGAACGCCCAGUCGCGUUCUUCCAAGGCUGGCCUUGCUUUCCCAGUUGGUCGUGUUCACCGUCUUCUGCGCAAGGGCAACUACGCUCAGCGUGUUGGUGCCGGUGCUCCCGUCUACUUGGCUGCUGUCCUCGAAUACCUUGCAGCCGAAAUUCUCGAGUUGGCUGGCAAUGCUGCUCGUGACAACAAGAAGACCCGUAUCAUUCCCCGUCAUCUUCAGCUCGCCAUCCGUAACGAUGAGGAAUUGAACAAGCUCCUGGGUCACGUCACUAUCGCCCAGGGUGGUGUUCUCCCCAAUAUCCACCAAAACCUGCUCCCCAAGAAAACCCCCAAGAGCGGCAAGAACCCGAGCCAAGAGCUCUAA